GACCCUGCCUUCCGGCCCCCCACCCUCUGCCCCCUGUGGGGGUGGGGCCUCUACUGGGGUCCCGCCCGCUCUCCAACAGAGCCCACCGCCCCGGCCCGCGCCCAGCGCCCUGGAGUCCGGCUGCUGGUGCCCCCGCCCCAGGAACUCGGUGGAGCCGGGUCACUGCGGGGCCGCAGUCUGCGCCCGCGCCGGGGCUCCCCCGCCCCCGCCGUCUCCCCUCCUUCGCCUCCCCCCGGGAGGGAGGAGGAGACUCCGCGGCCCUCCCUCGGCCCUCGCGGCGGCCGCCGCAGCGACCACGGUGCCCGCUCCGCCCAGCCGCGGCGGGUCGGACGUCCGGAGCCCGCGGGUCCCCAGCAGAGGUUCGAGGAGGCCUCCCCCCACCCGUUGGCCCGGGGAGCAGAGGGUCGCGGCGGUCAUCAUGCACAGCCGUACCCCGUCCGCCACGCGUCCCCAGCGCUGCCCCUGAGCUCCGCCGCCGCGAGUUCGAGCCCUGGGCGCACAAGCCCGCCCGCGCGGCCGCACCAUGAGCCACGGCCCGAGCCCCCGGCUGGCCGAGUCCCCGCAGCUGUCUAAAGGCAGCCUCCUGACCAUCCUGGGCAGCCCGUCACCCGACCGCGUGGGGCCGGCCGACUCGCUGCCGCCCACGCCGACCAGUGGCACACCCUCGCCGGGCCCCCCGCCGGUGCUGCCCUUGCCCCCGGCGCCCGCGCUGCUGGCCGACGGGGACUGGGAGAGCCGCGAGGAGCUGCGGCUGCGGGAGCUGGAGGAGGCGCGGGCGCGGGCGGCGCAGAUGGAGAAGACCAUGCGCUGGUGGUCGGACUGCACGGCCAACUGGCGCGAGAAGUGGAGCAAAGUGCGCGCUGAGCGCAACCGCGCGCGCGAGGAGGUGCGCCAGCUGCGCCAGCGUCUGGAUGCGCUCACCAAGGAGCUGGCGGGCGCGCGGCGCGAGCGCCAGGAGGCACAGGGCGAGUGCGAGGCGCGGGGCCGCGAGCUGGCGCGGCUGCGGGGCGCCCGGGGGGCCGCCGACAGGACGCCGGACGGCCCCGAGCCGGAGCCGGAGAGGGAGCACGAGCCGGUGCGGGACGUCGGGUCGGAGAGACCUCAGGGCGGCCAGGAGCUGGAGCUGGUGGAGAGCCUGCUAAAGAGCCGGCCAGAGGAGCCCGGGGGCUGCUGGGAGGCAUGCAGCAUCGGGGCCGGGGGUCCCAGGGGCAGCUCGAGCCGCCAGGAAUGCAGCCGGCUGCCCUGGGAGGACCUGGCCGCCACUGAGGAGGACACCUCCAAGUUGACUGCCCUGCGUCUGCGGCUGGAUGAGUCCCAGAAAGUGCUGCUGAAGGAGCGAGAGGAUAAACUGGCACUGAGCAGGAACAUUGAGAAGCUGGAGGGGGAGCUGAGCCAGUGGAAGAUCAAGUACGAGGAGCUGAGCAAGACCAAGCAGGAGAUGCUCAAGCAGCUUAGCAUCCUGAAGGAGGCACACCAGGACGAGCUGGGCCGCAUGUCUGAAGACCUGGAGGACGAGCUGGGCGCCCGGUCCACCAUGGACAGGAAGAUGGCUGAGCUGAGGGGUGAGAUGGAGCGUCUACAGGCAGAGAACGCAGCCGAGUGGGGUCGCCGGGAGCGGCUGGAGACUGAGAAGCUGGGCCUCGAGAGGGAAAACAAGAAACUGCGGGCGCAAGUUGGGGACCUGGAGGAGGCGCUGGCCCGGCGGCGGCGGCAGACAGCCAGCGCUCUGGACUGUGACCUGCGGGCCAGCCAGGCCGCACUCUUCGAGAAGAACAAGGAGCUGGCAGACCUGAAGCACGUGCACGGCAAGCUGAAGAAGCAGUUCCAGGAGAAGGUGGCAGAGUUGGCACAUGCCAGCCGGCGGGUGGAGCAGCAUGAGGCAGAGGUGAAAAAGCUGCGGCUGCGGGUGGAGGAGCUGAAGAAGGAGCUGGCUCAGGCUGAGGACGAGCUGGAUGAGGCCCACAACCAGGCGCGUAAGCUGCAGCGGUCACUGGACGAACAGACGGAGCAGAGUGAGAACCUGCAAGUGCAGCUGGAGCACCUGCAGUCCAGGCUCCGCAGGCAGCAGCAGAAUGCCCCCCUCUUUGGGAAGAUCCGAAGUGCUCGCUUCGGCACCGGCACCGAGGAGGCUGGGGAUGGAGCCAGCGACCUCGAUGAGGACGAGGAACUGCAGAUCCAGAUGGCCUAGGGCCUCGCAGGGCCUGGGAGUGGCAGAUCCAGGCGGCCACAGGCCCCACAAAUGCCCAGGUGGACCAGCCACGCAGACUGAAGACACGGCUGCCCACGCUCGCUCUGGGGCCAGACCCGCCUCUGCCGCUGACGACUUCCUUCUCUCCCACGAUGGGCAUUGGUGGUCCCACCCUCCCACCGCCCUGUGGAAGAGAAGCCCCCACCUACUUUAUGUAUAUAUAUAUAUAUGCCCAGGAGUCUUUGGACCUGUUUGGUUUUAUAAACAUAGGACCGCUCCAAGGUCAGGUCCAGGUGCCCCCACCACCCAGGGCCCUCAUGCUGGAGGUGGGGAGAAGUCAAGGGACAGCUGUUGACGCUCUGACCCAGGUUGCACCGCUGGGCCUUGAGAGUCGGAUGGGGGGUGCAUAAUACAGUAUGAUGAAGCCAGGCUUUUGUAACGAAUGGAGUUGGAGUUCUUGGGACGGAGUCCUUACAGUGUGGCAAAGAUGGGCAGAGGGUGUCAGGGGCAGCAACAGAAUGAAUGAAUGUGAGAAUGAAUGAACGAACAUCAGGGCUGCUGAGCAGUCUGGAAUCCAGCGCCUGGUGUGGGGCACAUCUAAUCUGGAGAAGAAGAGACUUCGUGGGCUCUGCAGCCGAUGGCCUGGAUUCACGUCUCCACUCUGCCCCUCUCUGUCUCUGCAGUGUCAGGGAAGUUACUUGCCUUCUUUGAGCCUUAAUUUCUCCAUCUGUAAGUGAAAUGUUUCAUAGAGCCAUCGUGAGGAUUAGAUGAGACAAUCCUGGAAAUCCGUAAAGGUUAGUUAUUGUUCAAAUACCCAACAAUCUGCCCUGGAGAAGAAGCAUUUGCUAGCUGGGUUCUACCCCAGGAGAUGAAGUUCAAGCGACGGGUGAGUUUACCCAGAGGUAGUAGGUUAGGAUGCAGUAAGAUGAACUCCUCUAGCCCUGCUCUAGAUAGUGCAAUCACAGGUAAUUUUCAUUUGAUUUUUGAUAUUUAAUUUCUUAGUCUAAUAUAACCAGCAGAUUUAUAUUAACUCUCCUGGAAAUAGUUAUUAAACCCGUGGCAGCAUGCACUUAAAUCUUCCAAAGUUGAGGUAAUAGUCUGGGCACCUGCCCUUCUGACCAGAUGCUUCAGAUGAAUUAUCAGCACCUGGACCCACCUUCUGAGCAGGAGGCACCGUCAGAAUUGCUGUCACAGGGGAAGGUGGUGCGUUCCCUGUGUUUAGGGUGUGCAAGGGAAAGCUGGGGCUCCAAGCAGAGGCCUGGCACUAAGGGGUUAAAUUCAACUGCUAGGGGUCUGCUCCACCCCGUGGGCUUAGUGGGCUUAGUGCAGUCGUCCCCCUGACUCAGCCCUGUAACAUGGGUACUGCCCUCAUCAUCCCUGCACUAAAUGUCUUUCUCAGUGUGGCCCAGUUGUAAGGGACCCCUGAUGCCACAGUCUGGGCCCCAGUGGGUGCCAUGAGCCCUGGGGGGUGAGAGGAGGGAAGAGGUCGCUCCAGAGGCCCAGCUGGGGGAUAAUGAACAUGGGGCACUGAAACUUCUCCUGUCCUCCAGUCUAAACCGAUGAUGCUAGCCAAGAGUGGAUAGUUUGCUGCCAUGGUAACAAGGCCCCAGGCCCCUCCUGGCACCCAGGGGGGAAGAGGGAGAGAGCAAACUCAACCAUGGGGGUCCCCCUGAUGGAGCGCUCCUCAGGGGCCAGCGGAAGAGGGGGCUGUGGGAAGAGGACCACUUCCUGCCAGGGGUCUUUCUGUCUUCUCUCCCAAACAGGAAGUUGCCCCCAGAAGAGGCUGAAAAUGCUGCCCUUUGACCCCUGUGAGUCAGGAGCUGGGCCCUUGCUGACAGCAGCCUUGAGAGCCGCCUCCACAAGCCCGCCCCCCCCCUCCGCCCCAGACCUGCCAUUCCCAGACACAGAGCAGACCCGUCCGGUGUGCCCGGCUCCCCCAGACUCUCUGGCACCUCUGCUUAGAUAGCGUCCAGCAGGGGCCUCAUUACAGGCCUUAUCUCCCGGGGCAGGCACGGCCCCUCCUGAGAAUGUCAGCGAGGAGAGGGUCAGGCCUGCCUCCUCCACUGCACAAGGGAAAACCAGGGACCUGAGACAGCAGGGACUGCCGCAGAAACCCAGGGCUUGGUGACCUUUUGGGCCUGGGUUACGCUACUUCCUCACCACAUGGUGGUCCCUGCGGCAGCCCCUGCCAACAGAAGCAUUAGCUUCAGCUCACA